CGCUGAGCAUCCUCGCUUUCACUCGCACACGACACCAUGGGCCUAUCAAUAUCGACGCUAUUCCAAUCAAUAUCCUCGCUAGUAGGCUGGAGUAAGGGGCAGGAUGUACGGAUACUAAUGCUCGGUCUGGAUUCGGCUGGCAAGACAACAAUUCUGUACAGGUUACAGAUCGGUGAAGUUGUAUCGACGAUACCAACGAUCGGAUUCAACGUCGAGACAGUCACAUAUAAAAACAUCAAAUUCCAAGUAUGGGAUCUGGGCGGGCAGUCCUCCAUUCGUCCAUACUGGCGCUGUUACUUCCCCAACACAUCUGCCAUCAUAUACGUGAUUGACUCUUCCGACCAUGCACGGAUACCCACGUCCCGCUCGGAGCUUCUCACCAUGCUCUCGGAAGAAGAGCUGAACGGCGUGCCGCUGCUCGUAUUCUGCAACAAGCAGGACGUACCAGGCGCGAUGAAGCCGGAGGAGAUUAGUGAGCAGCUCGGGCUUGCGGGUCAGGAGAAGGGACGGGCAUGGAGUGUGAGGGGUAGUUGUGCGACGAAAGGAGAGGGUCUUGAGGAGGGAUUGGACUGGUUGGUCAAUGCAAUACAGAAAAAGUAGAAGAUCCCACGUCAUGAAACCUCCCCUCCUCUUAGGCCGGCACCCCCUCAUCUUGCAUAUUACACACGUCACCUGGACCUGCAUUCACGCUGUUAUCUAUACCGCUACAUAAUCUGUAAUUGUCACGUUUGGUUAGUUCUCAAGUGGUUGACUU